AUGGUGCCGCAGCCCUUUCUCACCCAGCUCCUGCUUCUUCUCGCUAUCUUCAGCGGCAAUGCACUAGCCAGACGAGGCGGGGGAGGCGAUUCUGACAGCGACAGCGGCAGCGGCGAUGACAGCAGUGGUGGAAGCGGCAGCGGCUCAGGUUCAUCAGGAUGUGAAGAUAGAGACAACCUUCUUAGCACGACAUACCUUGUCCCCGGAAAUGCAUGGAACUGGACAUCUCAAGGCAGUAGACCUAGAGAUGCCAGCCCAACAGAAUACGACGGCUCCUACUUCCAGGGAGAAGGACAGCUUUCGUACAACAUCACGGGUGGAUCGCGGUGUCGUGGCGCAAACGGGACGCUCCGACUCCUAGGAUACGCCUGGGUUGGGCCCCAACCGCCUUAUCCUACCGGACCCCUCAACCCAUUCAUUAUUGGAUUCAAGGCUUGGGAGUCUGACGCGCCAGUGAGCGAGAUCCACACCUCCUAUAAACCUAUCAAAUGGGCAGAGGAUAGCGUUUGCCCUGGGGAUCCGGAUCUCUUCCAGGCUGUCACGAGUCGAGGUUGGGUCGACUACGGGGCUCAUACGUUCGGCGCCUCGGACGUGAUGAUCAUGAAUGUCUCCUCGGAUUCAACUACUUCGGCCGCCGUUCGUUUCAAUGCGACUACUGCUUCCGACCCGAAACCAGAAUUCGGUGUGGGUGAGGGCUCGGUGCGUCUCCCUGGGCGUACUUGUGAUUCAUACAGCUUACGCAUGGGCUGGCCCGCUACAACGAUGUUGAAUGGGUCUGUGUCGAACACUACCUUGGAGCUCAGGUUUGGUGGUUCGGGUAACAUCUCAUCCGAUUAUAAAUACUACGAAGGUCGCCAGGAUAACCUCUAUAUCGAAUUUGCUGUUACCUUCUCGGGGCAAUUUGACAGUAUCAAUUCCACCAAGGCGGUGAACAUUCAGUCGGGCAACCAGACUCUUGCAUGGGUGCCGAAUAACGGUGUCCAGGUUCUGCCGGGUCGCUGGUGGUAUAUGUUGAUGUGGGUUGUCGGGAUAUAUGGCAUAUUGUAA